UCGCGAUAGUCGAUGUAAAUAAAUAGGCGCAAGCUAGCUAAGCGGAUUGAUAGUCUGCGGUGUACAGUGCGAUAGUGAAGAUCUCGUAGGACGAAAUUAGUGAACGCAAAUAUAGUGACUUGGAAAGGGAUAAUUAGUAGUACUCUGAGAUAAGCGCAGUAUAUAAUCUACAUAAGAUAACCCGUGCAUAAGGAUGGUGAACGAUAUAACCAACGAAAAGCAACGCACCUACUGCGUGAUUGGUGCGGGAACCGCCGGGCUAUGCGCCGCCCGCCAUGCUCUCCAAUCGGGUGGCGAAGUGACCGUAUUCGAGAUGGCGUCGCAGUUGGGAGGCACGUGGGUGUUCAACGAGGAGGUGGACAAGAAUGAGUACGGCAUAGAUGUACAUUCCAGCAUGUACAAGGGCUUGAAGACCAACCUACCCAAGGAGAUCAUGGGCUAUCCGGAUUUCCCGAUUCCGGAACAGGACAGCAGCUACAUUCCAGCGGAGGAUAUGCUGAGAUUUUUCCAAUAUUUUUCGGAUUACUUCGGAAUUACGGAAAGCAUAAAGUUCAGUCACUACGUGAUAAGAAUCAAGCCCACCAAGGACGAGAAACAAUGGGAAGUAAUUGUUCGAGAUUGUCCGAAUGAUCAAUUGAAGACAUUCUACUUUGAUUACGUGUUGGUAUGCAACGGCCACUAUCACACGCCCAGGUUACCAAACUACCCUGGGAUACAUUUAUACAAAGGAAAGCAGAUGCACAGCCAUGAUUAUCGAUGUAACGACCCAUUUGUCGGCGAAACAGUGUUGGUGAUCGGAGCUGGUCCCUCAGGUAUGGAUAUGGCGUAUGAAAUUUCCAAAAAGGCCGAACGGGUUACUUUGAGUCACCACUUGAAGGACACACCUAAAACGGUGUUCCCAGAUAACGUCAUUCUAAAACAUGACGUAGCUCGGUUGACCGAGACCGGUGUGGUGUUUGCGGACGGAACAUCGCAAGAUUUCAGCGUUAUUUGCUACAGUACAGGGUACAAAUACACAUUCCCAUUCUUGAGCUGUGAUUGCGGAAUUAUUGUGGAGGACAAUUAUGUCCAGAAGCUGUACAAACACUGUAUCAACAUCCGUUAUCCGACGAUGGCUUUCAUAGGAUUGCCGUUCUAUGUUUGCGCGGCCCAGAUGAUGGACUUGCAGGCUCGAUUCUGCAUUAAGUUCUUUAGUGGAGCGAAGCAGCUGCCUUCGCAAGAAGAGAUGGAAGCCGAUACCAACACUGAAAUGGAGGAGCGCUGGAGUAGAGGUAUGAAGAAGCGUCAGGCGCACAUGAUGGGACCACAAGAGGAUCGGUACUACGACGAUUUGGCACACACAGCCGAGGUGGAGCCUAUCAAGCCGGUAAUCAAGAAGCUGCAUAAACUUUGUGCCUUCCGGUUCAGUGAAGAUUUGGUCAAUUUUCGGAAAGAUAAAUUUAGAAUUAUUGACAAUGAAACUUAUGUAAAAAUAAAUUAGUAUGAUUAGUGUGAUAACGAAUUUGAUAUAGUGUAAUAAUCAAUAAUAACAAACAAUUAAUAUUUAAUUAUGAGAAGUAAAGAACUAGCUAUGUAACUAUAAAAGUGAAACAGGGGCAUAAUUCAUGAACGCUUCCUAAGUUGUAUAUACACAAUAGUUUAAGAUUGUUCAAUUUUUGAAAUAAUAAGAGAAAAAUCAAUGAUGAUGGUGCUUAUAACAUUAGGCUACUUCCAUGUAAUAAAAUAAAAUACUAAUAAAACUACUUAUUAAUUCAAACAA